AUGCUUUUACCACCACCACCUUUACUAUCACAUAGGACAUCUCCAAUUCAAUUAAUGGCUGCCGUUGAAAAAGCCAAGAGCCGGGGGAUUCUAAUACCAUUGACGAGACCUGCUUCAUCAGCCCAAAACAAAAUUGCAGGAAGCUAUAAGGAGACAAAGAAGUUGACAGACAAUAAUUUCAGCACCAUGAUUGGUCUAGGGGGAUUCAGAACUGUGUUCAAAGCUGAGUUUAGUGAUGGACUAGUGGGAGCAAUGAAGCGGAUGAAUAAAGUCUUAGAGCAGGCAGAGGAUGGCAAAGAAAUAGAACUUCUUGCUAGACAGUAUCAUUGUCACCUUGUUGCUUUAAGAGGGUUUUGUAUUGCGAAGCAAGAGAGGUUCUUCGUCACGUAG